AUGUGGAGAUUAUGGCUUUUCGAUGAAACGAAGAGAAAGUGGAUCAGCAGUAACCAGAAAGUUAAGUUUUCCAAACAACCCAACCAAUACAACGAAACACAUGCAGCAUGACAUUCAAGUUCAGUGUGUUGGAAUCCACAACGAAGCAAUGCUAAAUUUAGAAAAUAAUCAAUUCAGAUCAAGCCCACCCAAGUCCGAAAAACAAAACCAAGGAUGUGCGUCAACACCAGUAAGCAAGGGCUCUGUAUUAAUUCCUGAAAUUCCGAUAUCACCAAUCCACACAGAAGUCAAUGUACCAAAGCUCAUGCCAAAUGAAUGUCCAGUCACUGUUUCAAUCAAGUGGGCCGACCGAACUAAGACAAAAGUCUUACCACCUGAACUGAGUGCCUUAGGGAAAAUGUUAUGUCGUGGUACAAAGAAACAAAUAGCAAGAGCUGUAUGGCGUUGCGAAAUGGUACGCAAGCAUAUUUAUGAAGAAGUUGUGAAACAAAUACAUAAAGAAUGUGUGGCCAUGUGUGCAAAAGCCUGCACCAAAAAAACGAAAAAGAGAGAAGAUAGCUGCUUGAGGAAAACUGAUAAAGAAAGCAUUAUAAACUUUUCCUUUGACAAUUUAAUAACCGAAUUACAAGAAAGAGCCCCCUUGCUUCUCAUGGUGCUGAAGACUGCUGCUCUUAAAGCAAAUGAUGAUGAAGAGAAAUGGAAGCAAUCAGUUGGUGUUGCUGCAUCCGUUUGUCUUCGUAACAGAUCAAGGAACAUGAUCGCACUCCAAUUAAUGAUAUCUAUUAUCAAUCGCCAUUCUGGAUUUAUGGCUAUGAUGAAACGUAUGCAGGCCCUGAGGUUGAUGCCAUCACAUACAUAUUUCUACAAGAAACUUACUCAAUUUGGUAAAAACCAUAACAAAGAAAUUCUAGAUAUGGUGGAAAAUGAAGGAAAACGAAUGACAGCAAUGGGAAAAAUUGAACUGGUGCAGAAAGAAGGGGACACUCGGUUACCUGGCCCUGGCUCUAAAGACGAAACAAUUGAAAAUUUCCAAACAAAUGAAAUUUCCAAAGAUAAAACGACUGGCGAGUAUGGAAAAAGAAUCCUAGAGUCAUUCAAAUGUCUGCAAGAAGAAGUAAAUACUGGAAAUUUUAUUGAUGUACCAAUAGAACCCAUCUCCAUAUUUACCAAACAGCAAGGAGAUCAACAAGAUAUCCAAGGUGAUGACCAAGAUGAUUCCAUCAUCAAUGAUAGCCCUUCAAGCAAUAUUGGACCAUCCCCCAUGUCACAUGCUGACAUUUUGAAAUACUCGAAGUUGUCUCCUGAUCAUGGACGGAAGUUAACUCUUGACAAUAUUGACAUACACCAGGCAACACAUGAUAUGACAGAGGAGAAUCAGAAUCCAGAUGCUCAUUAUUGUACACUUAUGUCAACGGAGAACCGAGUGUCGGGUAAUCACUUGAAUAACGAUAAGCCAAUAUGCGAUCUAAAUGCAUUGGAAAAUGCGACAUUUUGCCCAAGCAAAUUUGAGCACAGUAAGCAGCGUCAAAACUACAUUGACUUGGUUAGCAGAGUUAUGACCAACUCCAUUUCUUGCUUGAAAGGCUUAAAAGAAGCAGUUACCUACCACAUAUCACACCAGUAUUCCAAAGAAAUGGCGAAACCUACCGAUACUACUCUUAUUGGUGUCAUAUACGAAAAUGAAAAUAAUGCUGAUGGAAUGCAAAAUAUUCUUGACUACCUUCAAAAUUACGUACCGUCAUAUGAGCGAGAGGGAACGAAGAAAUAUGCAGAACAGGCUGUCGUAGGUGAUCAGCUUACGGUUGAAAGAGGAGUGAACGGGUUGUUCGAAGUAUCCAAUGGAUUUACUGCGGAAGAAAGGCACGAAGGACUUCAUUUCGAAGUCGCCGAUUUUCAUGGUGGAAUGAAGUUUUUGGAGUAUAUCUUCAGUCACUUUUACCACCCAGUUGCAACCAACGACAAAUGCACCCUGUACAGCGACAGAAAUCUAAUUAAUAGAAGGAAUGUUCGUACAGAUGUGUCGAAAGAUGUUAGCGCAUGCAAGAAAUUCUUUCUACUUGAACUGGAUGCAAGAAUUGUGGCUGCAACGAUGAAUGAACUGGGCAUUGAAGAUAUUGAUGCUACGCCAAGCACGGACAAAUUGAAGAUGGAUAUUGAGAAUGCCUCAAUUCGAGAGAAGCGCGAGUGCUUGAAUGUACUGGCUGGCAAAGUAGUCAACAAGUACAUCCUCAGGGACGAUAAAGUGCAAGCAAUCCUUGAUAAAACACGAGUAGCAACUGAAGCCAGUAAAAAAGUGGAAACAUCUGAUGGAGAGAGGUACAUGUGUAGGUUUCCUGGUUGCACCAAAUCAUUUCGCUAUGAUGGGAAAAGACGACGUAAUCAUGAAAAAACACACGGUGAAAUGGUUGUUGAGGAGAAUCGUGACACGGAAAAAUGUGUGGUAAUGAAGGACGAUAUGUUUAAUUACCAGUCUUCCGUACUUGAGGUUGGUCUCCUUCUUGCUAAUUUUUAUGACGCUGUUACGGAAGGGGAUGGACAGCGCCUAAUAAGAUGUUGGAAGUUUAUGCUACCGUAUUUUAAAGAGGAUGGCCAAAGCAGCAAAAAGUAUGCCCUUGAGGCAUUUUUCCUCCUUUGCCAAAUCAACAGCUUUCUUUCGCCGCGGGCUGCGCACCGUCUAAUUUGGAACAGGUUUCAUAAGUUAAAACCUGGCCGUGGUGGAAAUAUUCCCCUCGAUUUGGCGCUUGAACAUUACAACCGGUUGAUUAAAAUUCUAAUAAGAAAUCUUGGACCAAAUGGAUUAAACAAACAAGCCAUGGACAGGUAUUGCAGUGCUCUUUCUGUUACCAGUGAAAUGUUAGACAAUUUUGAUAACAUGUGUGUUAUCACAAGAAGAUCUGGUAAGCAUUCUAGCCGUUCUGCAGAUGGGGAUCUCCGGAAGGUAGUGAAUGAACUAAUCCAACAGAAAGCAAUGCAACCCUCAAACGGAAGAUGUUACAGCCAUUUUUCAGAUAUGAAAGACAGUUUAUUGGCAGACCAUGAUGCAAGUGCAUUUUUCAAAUGGCUAAACAUGCACAAAAAAAUAGUACAUCUUCACAAGUGUGCACGUUGAAACAGACAUUGUGGUAUAGUACAAAAUAGAACAAUCUCUCCAAGGAUGCCAGCGAGGGGUGCAAAGGGGGGGGGGCAUUUGCCCUUCCUUCCCCUUUUUAAGGGGGGAGGAAGAGGUGCCCUUUUCAUCAAUCAAAAAUGCUUGCUAUUUCAACUAGUUUUUGUUUCAAAUUCAUAAUUUUCGAUUUGCUCAUAGAAAUAAUAAUUAAAUGAGCUGAAAUUUGGGUAUCAUCAAAAUAGCAUGGCUACAAAAUUUUCUUUAUGACUGCUCUUAGGUUUGAAUGCCCCCCCUCCAUACCCUUUCACCACUCCCGCAUCACCUGAAUCUCACCUCAAAAAUUUUUGUACAAUAAACAAAUGUAUAUUAUAUAUAUAAUAUAAUAUUACUAUCAUAGUGCAGACUAUAAUUACAAUAUAAUUAACUAAA